CAUAGACCUAGAAAGUCUACCAACUGCGCUAAGUUUUUUAAGGCAGUCUACAAGUGUCGCUCGCAGCAGAAGAACCACAGACUGAGACUGCGGCAUAGGCAAGAUGUUUUGGUUCCGCGUGUCGCUGCUAAUUGCCACUGGCAUUUCACAGUGGAUGCUCAACACGAAUAGUUUGGUCAAUUCUUAUGAACAGGUUCCUCUCGAUGGACAGCUUAACUGGAUGUUGUCAGAGGCGUCUACAGGUGUGAACAUACCAGCCUCCGUUCCUGGCUCCAUGUACACGGCUCUCUUGGCAAAGAAUCUCAUCCAAGACCCACUGUACCGGGACAACGACAACAAAUAUGUCUGGUUGGGUAAUUCAGACUGGACGUACUACAGGAACUUCACAGGAAGGUGACAAUAGUAUCAUUGUGGGUUUCCGGUCAGCAGUACUUGAGGCACUAGAGCGCGACCAGAAGUCCAGCUACGAGAUCCCGCCCAACUGCCCGCCCCCGGUCCAGCAAGGCCAGUGUCACGUGAAUCAGCUGAGGAAAGAGCAGUGCAGCUUCAGCUGGGAUUGGGGACCCUCCUUCCCCACACAGGGCAUCUGUGAGCGGCCAGUGGCAGGUGGACGUGGAUGUUAUCUUUGAUGUCAACGAGGAUUUAACAGAGGUCAAAGGUCAAGUGCAAGUGGACGUGCCGGCCUUGAACUUGACCUUGGUUCAGGACGUGACAGUUUCUUCUUCCCAAGGCAGGGCUAAGGUUGUACUCAAAGUGCCGUUGGCCUGACCUUCUACUUCCGCAUCAACGGUCUCCCGGUCUUCCUCAAAGGCUCCAACUGGAUCCCCGCCGACAACUUCCAGGAGCGAAUCACCAGAGACAGACUGAGGUUCCUGCUGCAGUCUACAGCCGCCGUGGGCAUCAACUCUAUGCGAGUGUGGGGCGGUGGGGUGUACGAGUCUGAAGAUUUCUAUGAGCUCUGUGACGAGUUUGGCAUCAUGGUGUGGCAAGACCUCAUGUUCAGUGUCGCUCUUUACCCAACAUACGAUGGGUUCCUCCAAUCGGUGGCGACAGAAAUUAGGCAACAGUGAACGGCGAGGACGACAGCCGCGAGUACCUCCUCUCCAGUCCUUCCAAUGCAAAAGAGAGUGAGAAAGAGGGUUAUGUCGCCAAGGAUCCAGGGAGUGAACUUUAUGGAGACAUUCAUUUCUACGAAAACGUCGUGGAUCAGUGGAACCCGGCCGUGUUCCGUGUGCCCCGCAUGGCGUCAGAGUACGGCAUUCAGGGCUGGUGCAACAACGAGAGUCUGGCCUCUGUGUUCGCUCCAGAGGACUACAGCAUGGACGCGCCUAUGAUUGGACACAGGCAGCAUCAUUUUAACGGAAACGCUGAAAUGGCAGCAGAAGUGGCUCUGCACAUAGACUUGUCCACUUCGUCGGAUGCUGCCGUCAAGUUCACCGACUACAUCUACCUCACACAGAUCAACCAGGCCAUGUCCAUGCGUACCCAGAGCGAGCACUACCGGCGCUACCAGUCCAGACUUCUCUCUGACGGCCGGGGACUCACCAUGGGCGCCCUCUACUGGCAGCUCAAUGACAUCUGGCAGGCGCCCACCUGGGCCUCGAUUGACUACGAGGGCCGCUGGAAGAUGCUACAUUACUACGCCCAGCACUUUUUCCAGCCGACCCUGGUGUCUCCGUACCUACAGGACAACAACACUCUGAACGUCUACAUGGUCGUGGAUGGGGUCCCCAGUCUGGAGCGACGGGACAAUGUGACAGGUGAGCUGAGAUUUGAACCCAUGAGCGAUAUUGACGACAUCAAGAAGAGCAGUGUACCCGCACCAGACGUCUCCGAUACCUUGGCAGCCAUUAACAAAGCGACUUCCGGUCGUUUGACCUUGACCAUGUACAACUACGCCAGUUUCACUCCCCUCAAGUCCUGGAAUGUAGACUAUUCGAUCAACACUACAGCAGACUCUGUGUACACAGCCAGUGUGAGCCAGCUAGUGAGUGAGGCUAACUGUGCAUCCAGGGACAACUGUUUCCUCCACUUCUCCACAGCAGACAAAAAUAACGCCGUGACCUCCACCACUUGGCUCUUCCUCUCCUACCCCAAGUAUUCCAACUUGCCUCGAGCUCAAAUUAAGGUUGUCGCAGUCAGGAAUAUUUCCCCACAAGUUUUCGAAGUGGACAUCUCCUCUGAUGCUUUUGCCCUCUACGUUUGGCUGUCUGCUGGGGACGUCCUUGGCAGGUUCUCUGAUAACGGCUUUCACCUUCACACCCCGACAGCAACGGUCAAGUUCUAUGCCGCGAACGAUGUGACAGCUGCCAAGCUGCAAGAAAAUCUAAAAGUGAAAAGUUUGUCAGAUGUCCAAUAGGGUGGAUAUGAUCGUAAUAGAGUGGUGUUCCUUUAAACCGAACACGGUUGACCAGGAAACAGCAGUACAAGAAAAUUGAAAGAAAGAAAAUCAU